AUGAGUGGAUCUAAUAAUAAUAGUAGUAGUAGUAGAUCGGAUAACAAGUUCAUUGUUGGUGGAAAUGGACUGCCAAUGUCACCGACAAAGACUUACAAGAAUAUAUUAAAGAGAAGAAUGGAUGAAGAGAAUGGUGAUGACAUGGACAGUAUACAAAACAAUAAGAAGUAUCUAUCUCAAUCAAUGGCUGAGAAGAUUGGUAUACUAUCACUGGAUGACAAUGAUGACUCUCCCAUCACUCAUUCAUCAUCAUCAUCAUCAUUCGACUCUUUGAUGAAUACAAAUAGUUCAACAUCACCUACUCAGUCAUCUUCGUCUUCAUCGUCAAUGAAUACAUCACCUCUGAUAUCUCAUUCGAACUAUAAUAGCAACAAUAUAUUCAAUAACUACAACUAUGUCUUUGGCUAUGGCAAUGGCAAUGGUAUUGGCAAUGGCAUUGGCAAUGGUAAUGGCAUUGGAGGUGGCAGUGGCAGCGGCAGUCUGGGGAAUGGCUAUGGUUAUGGAAGCAGGAUCAAUGGACACAGGAUAGGACCAUCAUCGUUAUCAUCAUCUACAUCAUCGACAUCAUCGACAUCAUCAUUAUCAUCAUUAUCAUCGACAUCAUCACAACAUCAACAUCUUGCCAUCAUUACACUUGAUGAUCAAAUGGUCACAUCACCUGUAGUCAACAAUGCUACAACAACCAGCGGAAACAAUAACAACAACAAUAUCAAUGUACAAAAGAAAGACGAGAAGGAAACAUCAUCGACUAAAGCAGCAUCAGCUUCACCAGUCGGCAAUAUAAAGGUGAUUGAUAAGUUGUAUAACAUUACAUCACAGCAACAACAACAACAUCAUAAUGACUUGAAGGCACUGCUGAUGGGCAAGUCAUCAUCAAUGAACUUGUCACGAAGUAUAGACAUGCCCGAAGGCAGCAACAUGUCAUUGAUCCUAUACACCGAGCCCAAAGACAUAAUACACGAUGCAAUCAAGAGACAAAUAGAUAAACAGAAGGAGCUGCUAAGAAUGAGUAUGCUGACUACGAAUACAGAGACGACGACGACGACGACGACUACAACACCAACAACACCGACUACAUCACCAAGAGAACAAAAGACUACAUCACCAUCAUCACCAUUAGCAACAACAACAUCAACAUCAACAUCAACAUCACCAAACAAGAAUAGGACAAAAGAUAACACUGAAGACGAUUGUAUAUUGGAGGACGCGGUGACGGACGAACCUGGAACGAAUAACUGCCAGUCGAUGGCAAUGGACCAGAGCUGA